GAUAUUAUUUUAGUGACAAUGGUAUUGUAGAAAGCGUGAACAUAUAUCACUGAAUGUUUGCAAGACAUUGCCUCGUCUUCUCGUUGGUUUGUAGCGGUUUGUAGUGAUUGCCGCGGUUCAUGGCAAGGUUGACAUUGUCACCUAGCAUUCAGAAGAUGAAGCACCACCACCAUGUGAAUGCGGAGAAGAUUUUGAAGAAGGAAGGCCACCGCUACCUGGUAAAAUGGCACGGAUUCCGGGUGCCAACUUGGACUUCAGGUGGCAGAGUUGACCCGGACCUGAUACGAGCAUACAUCGCGGCUCAGCCGAUGGAGAGCACUCUGCAGCCGCACCCAGUGCCCGGCACCGGCAGCUCGGUCUCGGUGCCUGGAGCCUACGUAGUCUCCGCUCAGCCGAUGGAGAGCACCCUGCAGCCGCACCCAGUGCCCGGGACCGGCAGCUCGAGCUUGGUGCCUGGAGCCUACGGAGUCUCCGCCCAGCCGAAGUGCUGGCCGAAGCAUCGCCAUGGUGCGGUCGAAGCUCUACUACCUGCAGCGAAUCCGCAAGGGAUAACCUUUCAGAACCUAGCACCUUCAAUGUUUGUGCGGGUUUAGGGUGGCUCAUUAAUUUGUCUCGUUUUUUUUUUUACUUUGUGCUUUUUAGGAAAUACACUUGUAUUUUCUGUA